AUGGAGGACUCGCCCUCCGCCCCUGGCCUGCCUGGCCACCCUCUGUCUGCCCCCAUGGGCCCCCCUGAAGCGCCUUCGCACUCUUCGGACUUGCUGUCUCUGUGCAGCAGCGGCUCAGCAGCAGCAGCAGCAGCAGCAGCAGCAGCAGUACCCCCGAGCGACUCCGCAGCAGCUGCACCUCUGCCCGCCGUAGCCGCGCCCGCCGCGCCCUCUGCGCCCCCCGCGCCCCCCGCAGCAGCAGCAGCAGCAGCAGCAGCAGCAGCACGUCCCAGCCUGCUGAGCGCGAGGUACUUGGACUGCGGAGAACCUUUUCUCUUCCAUGUCUCUUCUUUCUCGCUGCUGUGUCAGGGAAGAGCAGCAGCAAAAGGGGCCCCCCCGCAGUUCGUGCUGCCGGACGGGGCCAUUUCUGUGGGGCUGCCGGUCUGCAGCAUCAGGCCCCCGGGCGACGCCCUCAGCAGCAGCAGCAGCAGCAGCAGCAGCAGCAGUGGCGCAGGCGCAGCAGGUGCUUCGCUCGAUAACGCCGCGCCGCAGUCGGACUUCGAGCGCCUGAGUCAGCUGCACCACGGCCCAGUCAUUGUCUAUGCCACAAAACCAAGCCGAGAUGCCCUGCGUUCUGCUGGGGGUAUGUGGUGGUGGUCGGCGUGUCUUUUUGCUGCUGCGGGUCUUUGCCUCUUCGUGACACUGCUGCGGGGGCUCGCGGACCUGUCGCUGCGGUCGGGGCUGUGGGGCCCCGCGCAGCUGCGGCUGUCUUCGGGGUGUAUAUACACCUCGCUGUGUCUGCUGGACUUGUUUGUCAUCUUCGCGCGUUUGCGGCAGAAGGCGGAGGCGCUGCGGCUGCUGCGCGUUGCUGCUUUUGCGCUGCUGCUGCUGCAGUUCUGCUUCGCCCUCGUCACGACACUUGCAGCAGCGGCAGCAGCAGCAGCAGAAGCAGCAGCAGCAGCAGCAGCAGAAGCAGCAGCAGCAGCAGCAGCAGAAGCAGCAGCAGCAGCAGCAGCAGCAGCAAGGGACUUAGGCUACGCUUUGCAUUUCGGCGCCUCCAGGCUUCAAAAACGCAUUUGUUUUCGUCGACAGUGGCAACGUGCUGCGACUUAA